CAGAACCAGAGGGAGGGGGUCUGGAGCGUCGGCAGGAGGCGGAGGAGGAGGAGGAGGAGGAGGACGAGGAGGGGAACAGCGUCAGUGUUGUUUGUGCCGUGGAUCCGAUCGGAGGGGCGAUUGGUUCAUCGUCGACCCACCAAGCAGCGGAUUGUUUGCAGGCACAUCUGCAGCAUCCCUUACCAUGACAAAAGAAGAGAACCUGGAGGUGCAGGAGAAGGAGAGGCAUGAGCGGGAGGAGCAGGAGGAGGGGAGGGUCCAAAGAGAAGACGAGGAGGCACUGACUGAGGAGGAAGAUGAGGACGAAGACGAGGAAGACGAGGAGGAGUAUGAGCUAGAGGAGGAGAGGGAGGGGGAGGAGAGGGCAGAGGUGGAGGAUGAGGAGGAGAAUGAGCACGAAGAGGAGCGAGAGCAGGAGGAGGACCCUGCACAGGCAAACCGGGAGCCUGAGGCCGAGCCUGAGGCCGAGCCACAGUCUGUGUCUGAGCACCAGAGUCCAGUUCAGGAGCCGCGGCGCCGAGCCAUGGUGCACCCCUCCGCCCAGGCACCGCUGCCCCAGGACUACGCGUUCACCUUCUUCGACCCGAAUGACCCGGCGUGUCUGGAGAUCCUCAUGGAGCCUCGCACAAGUAUCCCAGAGCUGUUUGCCAUCGUGCGUCAGUGGGUUCCUCAGGUUCAGCACAAGAUCGACAUCAUUGGCAACGAGAUCCUGAAGCGCGGCUGCCACGUGAACGACCGCGACGGUCUGACCGACAUGACGCUGCUUCACUACAGCUGCAAGGCCGGAGCUCACGGCGUCGGCGACCCGGCAGCAGCGCUGCGACUCACCAGUCAGCUGAUGUCCCUGGGCGCCGACGUGAGCCUGAGGAGCCGCUGGACCAACAUGAACGCGCUGCACUACGCCGCCUACUUCGAUGUGCCAGAACUGAUCCGGGUUCUGCUCAAAGCGGCUAAACCCAGAGUGUUGAACUCCACGUGCAGUGACUUCCACUACGGCACCGCUCUUCACAUCGCUGCCUCCAACCUGUGUCUGGGGGCGGUGAAGUGUCUGCUGGAGCACGGCGCCAACCCCACCGUCCGGAACGACAAAGGCCAGGUUCCAGCCGAGGUGGUUCCGGACCCGAUGGACAUGAGCCUGGACAAGGCGGAGGCGGCCAUGGCGGCCAAGGAGCUGAAGCAGCUGCUGCUGGACGCCGUGCCCCUCAGCUGUAACCUCCCCAAGGCCACGCUGCCCAACUACGACAACAUCCCCGGGAACCUGAUGCUGACGUCCCUGGGGCUGAAGCUGGGCGACCGCGUGGUGCUGGACGACAUGAAGCUCCAGAGAGACCAGAGCAGAGAGGACCCGGCUGCAACCCUCAGACAGAGCGGCACCCUGAGGUUCUGUGGUACCACGGAGUUCGCCAGCGGCCAGUGGGUCGGCGUGGAGCUGGACGAGCCGGAGGGGAAGAACGACGGCAGCGUGGGCGGAGUCCGCUACUUCAUCUGUCCUCCUAAACUAGGAAUUUUUGCCCCAGUGUCAAAGAUUUCCAAGGCCGUUGAUCAGACUCCUUCGUCGGUCACCUCCACGCCCCGAACGCCACGCUUGGACCUGGCCUCUCGGCUCGCUGGAAAGACCAAGAAGGAGAAAGAGAAGAAGGAGAAGGAGAAGGAGCGGGAGAAGAAAGCCCAGAGGAAGAAGGCGUCCGUCGCCAGUCUGGACCCAGAGGGAACCAACGUGGACGUGGGAGAUCAGGUUCUGGUGGCCGGGCAGAAACACGGCACCGUUCGCUACUUCGGCAAGACGGACUUUGCUCCAGGUUUCUGGUUUGGAGUUGAACUGGAUCAGCCCACUGGCAAACACGACGGUUCCGUGUUUGGGGUCCGGUACUUCAGCUGCCUGCCCAAAUACGGCGUGUUCGCGCCGCCGUCCCGCGUGCAGAGACUCUGCGGACCCAGAGACGGCUCGCAGGGCGACGGCUCCACGGUCAAGAAGGUCCACCAGGUCACCAUGUCACAGCCCAAGCGAAACUUCAACACCAUGCGUUCUCCGAAGGACCUGACCUCCGAGAACUCCAUAUCCAGGUUGCUGUUCUGCUGUUGGUUUCCAUGGAUGCUGCGUGCUGAGAUGCAGUCCUAACCUCCUCUUCCUCCUCUGCUCCUUCACGGUCCAGUCUGUCUGCUCUGCUUUCUGUCCAUCGUUAGUCGUACGGUCCUUGGACCGUCGCUGUCGUCGGUCCAACUCCUCGUAGUGAACUUCUGGUCCUCACUUCGCCGACGCUCGGCCUCCGUCCUUCUGAUUUAGCCGUUCUUCUAGUGCCUUGUAUCUGAGACGUUCUUUUCCUAAACCACAGUCCAGCUCUGCAUGCUGUUGCUCAUUUCCCAGCUGGUAUUCGUCCCCGUCCUUUCGUUUUGGCAGUGGAACAGAUUUCCUUGUUGUACUUUUGGGUUCAGCCACAUUUUUUGCGAGGUCUCUGAUGAAGGCGUUCAGUGAAGCCUUAUGUCAGACAGCAGCAGCCAGUGAGGCUCAUCACCUUGGUCAGAUUCAAAGUGAAACAGGGUGGAUCAUCGACAGCUUCAGUCACUUUAUGGCUGUUGCGUUGUUAGAUCAGUUGUUUGAGUCUCACAAAAGGAAACAUUUCAGAUGAUGAGACUCUGACACUGAACAAAUCAUCCUAAUUCCUCUGUGACAUAAGUUCAUCUACUAGUGUGUGGAACACAUGGAGCUGCAGAUGUGAUGUUGGAAACCAACCUGCUGAUGGGCCCAAAACGAGGGUUCUGUUGAUGCAGGUUUAGGUUUGCUGCUGGUGGACGUAACCUUAGGUUAGUGACUUUCAGCUUGGUUUGUUUGAUUGUUAAUUAUAAUGAGCUGCACAGUUGUAUUAUUUCUAAUCUUUCAUUUCUGUAGAACAGAAAUAUAAACUUUUCUCCUCCAUUGAAUAUGUUCUCUAAUAUAGUUUCUCUCCUUGGUCUUCAUUGAGUUAAGACAUUAGUCUUCUGUGGAUGUGAGCAUCUGCAAAAACACUUACUUAUUUACUUAACACACUUAACUUACAUGUGCUAAAUGUUGAAACUAUGUGCAUGGAUGAAAACACUGAAGUAAACUGCAGCAGUGUUCAGUCUUAAUGUGUGUUAAUGUGUAAUGCACAGAUACAAACCUGAUCUCACCCCAAGAAUAAAACCUCCCAACAGGCACGUUCAGGGACGUUCGGGAGCCAUGAGGGACGUUCGGGAGCAUUCAGGGACGUUCGGGAGCGUUCAGGGACGUUCAGGAGCGUUCAAGAACGUUCAGGAGCGUUGAGGGACGUUUAGGAGCGUUUAGGAGCAUUCAGGGACAUUUAAAACUGUUCACGGACAUUCAGAAGUGUUAAGGCUGAGAAAAUAAUGCCCAAAGAAAGGAAGCGUGUGCUGUUUGCUCUUGCUCAGUGCUGUCGCUUGGUCUGUGCCUGUUGAUUCAGCUUCAGCUCUAUAUUUACACAAACUGCAGUGUUUCCACUCAUCAGCAGAAUUUAUUCUCCAUCCUAUCAUUGAUAGAUUCAACUUAUGUGACACGAAUCACAUGAAGGUGCUGGUAGCUGCUCCCAGCUGACCUCGUUUGUCAGCACGUUAGGCUGUGACGCUACGCAGUGAAUAAUUAAUUUGACAUUCCACGUAUAGAAAUGACUGAACCCAAACUGAGACCAUGGAUCCCACUUUUGAAUGUGCAUUGAUGGCGGAAGCUACCGGGUCCAGAGAAGGCUUCCUGUAGAGCCUGUCAACGCUGUGACAAUGCGAUAUGCAGAUGACUCACAGUUUUACCUUCUUGUAUUUAUGCCCACAGCCACUUUCCUCCAGCCCAAAGACAAGAGCUUGUACUUUACAUCUGUUCAUAACUUCACGGAUAGGAAACGCUUUGCUACUAAUAACCUGUAGCAGCUGUUCAGUCUCUAUCUUAGGUGAACUUUGAUGUUAGUGGAUCACAGUGAUGGUGGACGUUUGUGUUUGUACAGUAAACGUACAGUACAGUCAAUCUGUCCCAGUGAAGCCCAUUGGGUCGAGCUUAGUGUUCUACUGUGUAAAUGUGGAGCUUUCUGGUUUGACCACUAGGCGUCAGUGAGUCGCUGGUUGUUCACCGUGCAGUAAAUGAGCCUGGUGUUAGGGUUCCUCAUUCCCCGGUUCUUCCUGGUUUUCUCCAUUUAAAGGACGAAUGCUCUUGUCUGCUUUACUCUUUUUCUGCGCUUGACAUUUCUGCCGACUGGGUUUUAAAGUGAUGCUUUACAUGCUUGUGUUCAGGUGCUGAGUUUUGAGAAUUUUCUCACCACUGUGUCGUUGUCAUUCACGAUCAUUAGAAUCUGAAGACAAGCGUGAAAACAAGGCUUAGGUUGAAAACAGCCACUCUGUAACUCAGACGAAGCUCAUGAAAAGCAGAUCAGCAGAAAUGCCAAGAACCCAUGUGAUUUGUAGCUGAAUAACUGUCGGGUUGUUAAAUCCUCUAUAAUCAAUCAGUGUUUGUGAGAAUAUAACGUUAAGAUCAUGGUCAUAGAACUAAUUCAGCACCUGCUGUUUUAACACUGAUCUAUAGCCUCUAUUUUGAUAAGCUCACUAAGUGUACUUUGAGUUCUCUGGUUUUGUAGCCUGUGUGUUACUUUGUGCUCGGUCACGGUCCGUGUGUGAAUCACUCCUGUUUAAAAGGACGUCAAAGGGGAAACGGGAGAAGGAGCAUGAACGCCCUCAUCCCAGCAGAUACUCACUGCAUGCUCGCUCUCAGUAUUUUCUGAUCUGUUUUUUCAACAUGUAUCUUGUGUCUUCUUCAGCAUGGAAAUGCUCCUAAUAACAGCAACAACUCAAUGAAUAUAAUAAAGAAUUUGAUGUUUUUCUA